AUGAAGAUGGGAAUGUUGCGUUUUAACACCUUUGGGAUGAAGAGAGGAUAUCCAAGGAGCAACGAAGUGGUAGAGAGGAGAAGAACAGAGGAACAGAUUGAACAAGAAUCCUUUGAAAUCAAUGCUCAGGUAUUCAAGCAUGUUUCAUUCAAAAUGUUGAAGAAAAAGUAUACAUCAUAUGCACCAAUAAGAUUGAAUCUGGAUCUCAAUGUCUACAGAGACUCUAAAACAAUUCAAGCAAUUUCCAAGAUAAAGAUACCUGUGAUCCCUUGCAUUAAGUUUGACCACAUUGACUUCGGAAAUAAAUAUUUCAGAAAUUUUGUUGCCAGAUCCCCUCCAACUGCUAUUAAGGGCUUUUUGGCAGUCUAUAUGUAUGGAGUAAAGAAUACUAGAUAUUUUAAUACACUUCUCAGUCCCUCUAUAAAUAAAUCCAGACGAUUUUUCAUCAAUGAUUUUGAAAGCAUCAACCUAAAGCAAUUGAAAAGGCUGUUUGUAUCAAGCAAGCAUUGCGAUUCUCUAAAGAUCUCGGAUUGUACAUUUUCUCUCCCUAGUGAUCUUGACUUUUCAGAUUGAUUCAGAGGAACGACUCUCAAAACACUUGAGCUUGGAAUCGCAAAAUAUGUCAAUCCUCAUGAGAAUGAUAAAAAAUUGCAUCAAAUCGGAACAGUAGUUUCAGGAUUGACGAAAUCGUCUGAUCUUAAGAAGCGCCCCAAUUUAGUCAGCAUACAGAGUGAAGUUCAUACUACUGAAGUCUAUGAAAAGAUUCUGACGAAAUAUGGAUCGAUCUAAA